ACACUCGCUUCAGCAGACGAUCAGUGAUGGCUUAACUAGUGAUGAGGGAGGAGGGACAGGCUGAUUUUGGGAUAAAUCGUGUUGGAUUAGCAACAAAAUGAGUUUGAAUCGAGAUACUUUAAUUCACUUAUUUGCUGGAGGGUGUGGUGGGACCAUGGGAGCUGUAGUAACAUGUCCCCUGGAAGUGGUGAAGACGAGGCUGCAGUCGUCCACUUUUGGCAUCAUGAGCAACCUGCCUCCCCCGGCAGCGCAGCAGCGAGGCUCUACCACAUGCACAACGCUACCCCCCAUCCAUAGUCGGGGAGGUAACACGCGAAGACUGUGUACUAGUGCCAUCAAAACUGGCACACAAGUUGUUCACCUAUCGCAGCAGCUUCCCAAUCCACGACCUCAUACGUUGUCACUCUUCCAUUGCCUGAAAUACAUCGUGGAGGUUGAAGGUCCACGAGCGCUGUUUCGAGGACUUGGGCCCAAUUUGGUGGGCGUGGCUCCAUCCCGGGCCAUAUACUUCUGUUCCUAUUCACAAAUGAAGAAAUUCCUUAACAAUCGCUUCAGCUCAUCCGAUACCCCCAUUGUACAUAUCCUUUCUGCCUCAUGGGCUGGAUUUACAGCAUGUACAGCUACCAACCCUAUCUGGUUUGUGAAAACACGCUUACAGUUGGAUUACGCUCGUUUAGGUCACAAAGUGUCUGCCCUUCAGUGUAUCCGUCGAACUUACCGGCAACAGGGAAUUCCUGGAUUCUACCGUGGAAUUACAGCAUCUUACUAUGGUAUCUCCGAAACCGUUAUUCAUUUUGUUAUUUAUGAAGCAAUCAAGGCAAAUCUUGCAGCAUAUCGGCAAGGAAACCCAAAUCAUCGGUCUGCACGUGAUUUUCUGGAAUUCAUGCUUGCUGGGGCGACUUCCAAAACCAUUGCCUCUUCAAUCUGCUAUCCACAUGAAGUGGCAAGAACAAGGUUGCGAGAGGAAGGAUCUAAAUACCAUGGCUUCUGGCAGACUCUUGGGCUGGUGCUGCGUGAGGAAGGCUGGGCUGGCCUGUACAGAGGCUUAGCAACGCAGCUCAUCAGACAGAUCCCUAAUACAGCUAUCAUGAUGGCAACCUAUGAGGGAGUUGUAUAUGUGCUUACGAGGCAUUUUGGCGAGACCAACGAAUUUUACGAAGAUGAUGACGAAGACUACACUUAUGAAGAGGAUGAUUAGUCCUUGCUGCUGUUCUAAUACAGAUUUUCUUGCUAUUUGUGUGCUCAUAUAUC